AGCCAUGCGUUUCUUUGCCUGGAUCGCCCUCUGCCUGUUCGCCGUGCUGUCGCUCACCGUGGCCCAGAAAAAAGGCUGCUUUUGUCCGGCCAACUGGGAACCCGUCUGCGGCUCAGACGGCAGGACCUACAGCAACAAGUGCAGUCUGGAGUGCCGCAGCCUUAUACUCAUCAAAGAAGGCAAAUGCUGAUAAUACAAUAACUAAAACCAAAAAAACCGAAUUAUGCUGAAAAUAAAUACGUGUUCAAUGUGA